AUGAAGAACAAAAUCCGUGAGGCCCUGCCGUUCCGGCGUAGGCAUGAUAUAAGCGCCGACCCGGGUCCUUACAGUCCCAUAGACUCUUCAAAGGAUGAAAUCAGGAUCAUACACCUGCUUCCCGGAGAGUUUGGCGACACAAUCAACAUCGAAUUGGUACCGGUCUCUCUCUCAAGCGAUCCUCCACCACAAUACGACGCCCUAUCCUACGUCUGGGGCAGAGAGCCAUGCCAAACUCCGGCUCUUGUUAACGGCAGGCCCAUUACCAUCACUUCGAACCUGGACAACGCCCUGCGAUACUUCCGCGAUAAACAUGAUGAGAAGACACUGUGGGUUGACGCAGUGUGCAUCAAUCAAGCGGAUAAUGUGGAGAAAGGCCCCCAGGUGCAAAUGAUGGGACAGAUUUACUCCAAGGCAGCCCGGGUCUUGGUGUGGCUGGGCCCAGCUGCCGACGGAAGCGAUGAGCUCCUGAAACAUAUGUCUCAGGGGUUUUCGGGAGAGGAGAUAGCGGACGCCACCUUACAGAGCUCUUCCCUCUCCUUGAUGGGUCGGCCGUGGUUCACGCGCAUUUGGGUACAACAGGAGAUCGCACUAGCCGCGCUCGACCCGACUAUCUGUUGUGGAAGGCACACGUUAUCUUGGGCGACAUGGUGUCUCUACAUGUUGAGACUUCUCUUCGCGCUCGAGGAUGUCUUUCGCGACGUGAUGCAUCGGCAAGAGAUGGAGGGUGUAGCCAUUAGGCCACUUCCAACCGAUAGCGCAGAGGUGGAAGAGGAAAAGUAUCAAAAGCUUUUGAAACAUAUUGAAAAUAACAAAAAGUCGAUCGCCAUCCAAAAGGCUCUGCUUACGCUGGAAAAUCUGGCGUCUCUUCGAGGGAGAGUAGAGAUGGCAUCUGGCACAUACAAUGACAAGAUGUUCGAGAUUAUAGCCUAUAUCAAGGCUAAAAAGGACCCCCAAACUUUUGCCGCGGCGGAAAGUGCUAGUAAAGCACCUCUCAGUGCAGAUGAAUUGAGGAAGACAUUCCAAGAAAAUGGGAUGGGCGAGGAGGCUAUGAGGGAAUACAUCAAGUCCUACGUCGGUGAAGACGACCCAACCGAAUUUCCACGGCUGAUAGGGACCGUGUCGCAUCUAGACGCGACGGAUGACCGGGAUAAAGUCUUUGGUAUUCUGGGAUUAGCGAAGUUCGUUGGCCAGCCGAUCCAAGCCGACUACGACAAGACCAAGAGGCAAGUAUACGCACAGGCCAUGGCAACCAUCAUCAGGGACGGCUUGCACCUGAGCUACACUAGACUGUCAAUUUUCGAGUCGAAGAAGAAAGGCUUGCCUUCCUGGGUGCCGGAGAUAGGCGGCAAGAACGUUGGUGGUGCGGACAUCCUCCCAAACUAUCGUGCCGUAGAGAAUGCGAUACCAUCUUCUCGCGCAGAAGUGCCGCCUACGACGUUCUCGGACGACUAUCAAACGCUCCUCGUUGGCGGUGUUGAGCUUGGCCGCGUGUCGAUGGUCAUCGAGCAGCCGAUCACAGAGGAUCCCGAACUGACCAAUCCUGAGGAGAGGUUCACACUGAAGGAUGAACUCAAGUCUUUGAUUACCGAGAAGCAAAUUCCUCUGAAGACAGUGUGGAGAACCUUGAUAGGUAAUCGCGAUACAAACCUUUUCGCGGAACGAGACGCAACUUGGGACGAUGACCAGGUGGAGUUGCUUCGAAGUGAGGACAAGAUGCUUCAGGCUGUUGCUGCCAUGUGCGGGCAGAACUACGAGGGUACACAAGAAGAUCAAAAUUGUCUGAGCCAAGACGACUCGAGGUUCAUCCGGCUUCAGCUUUUUGCGACAUGUCGAAAAGCGACCCUGUUCUUCACCGACACGGGAAAGAUGGGCCUGGUUAUAGGGAAGGUUGCGAAGGGGGAUGUCGUUGCGGCACUGUUUGGAGUCGGCAUGACAUUCGUUCUACGGAAAGCAUCAUCUCUUUCCAAAUUCAUGAAAGAACUCGGCAAAAAGGAACGGAAGCAAGAGCCGACGUAUGAAAUGAUUGGGACGUGCCAUGUUGGGGAGCACAAAUUUGGAUACGUUGAUGAAGACUCUGGUUUUCAGACCUUCAUCAUCAACUGA